AUGCCCAUAACCAUCAAAAAGAAGCUAGAAAACUGUACAGACCAAGAGGAUGAUGAGGUGAAGCUGGAGGUUGAGAUGAGCAAGCCUUCACUGGAGUUGAACUGGAGGAAAAAUAAUGUCGCUCUGCAGGCUGGGAACAAUGUGGAGAUGCAUGUUGAAGAGACUAAACACUCACUUUUCUUCAAGAAAAACUCCAGAACUGAGCAGGGCUACUAUUGCUGUGAGACCGCGGAUGACAAGACUCAGGCAAAACUAACAGUUGAAAAGCUUCCAAUAUGUAUAGUGAAGCCUCUCAGGGUCAAAAUUGCCAUAUACAAGCAUAAAGCCCUCCUGGAGUGCCAGGUUUCUCAUGCUAAUGCUAAAGUUAAGUGGUACAAGGACAACAAGGAAAUCAAGGCCAACAACAAAUACAAUCUCAUCAGCAAGGAUGUCUAUAGGCAGCUUUACAUCAAUGAAGUGGAAUUUUCUGAUGAAGACACUUACACUUGUGAUGCCAUUGAUGAAAAGACCUCUUGCCAACUACUUGUGGAGGAACAAGUCAUUAACGUUGUGCGAGAGCUAAGGGACGUGGAAGUGAUGGAGCCCAGCCCAGCGCACUUUGAGGCAGAGAUCAAUGGACAAUGUUUACCGCCUCAUCUUUAA